AUGUUUCCGAUGCGGCAGACUAGAAAUUGGAGAAGCGCGUACCUUUUCAUGUUGUCAGCCAGUUUAGUUUUAACUUUCUGGAGUAUUUCAAUCGCCUUUUACUCAUCGGCUGUUGUUGUGCAAUUCAUGCCGAGCCCAACUAUCGAAAACAACAAUUUUAAACUACCCAAUCAGCCGCCGAAGGCUAUCUUUCCUGGACGAAAAUCAGUUGUGGAAAAAUUCGAUCGCAAGCCCAGUUAUCCCUGGAGAGGAGACCCGCAGUGUCAGCAUUAUGUCGUUCAGUUCUCAGAGAGGGAGAGUUUGCCAAAAUGGCCGCUGACUUCGUUUCCAGGCAGCGGAGUAACCUGGACCCGACAGCUGAUCGAAGGCGUCACUGGGAUUUACACGGGAUCUGUUUACAUGGCCGAUCCUUCCCCAGUCUUGUCCAGCCAAAUAAAUGGAAGCGAGUACUACACGGACGAUCCGCUGUGCGGCUGUACGAUCGUCGACAAGGAUCACGAGGCGACAAUCACGACACUGGGAAUGGCCAACUAUUUCGAAUUACUCCAUCGCCAGGGUCACGGAGGGAUUGUGCACCAGCAAUACGACAAGCGUGGCGUGUUGCUGUUGCGGAACCCCAUGGACGUCGUGUUCACUUAUCGCGAUUGGCUUCACGGCGGUAAAGUGGGCAAGGCCCCGCCCGAGGCUUUCAGAGGUCCAGAGUGGGACGCAACGGUAGACUACGUGGCUUAUGCCUGGGCAGAUCACGCCAUCCGCUGGAUCGAACAAAUUGAAAAUGGCACCGUUCUAUUUUACGAGAGGCUAAUGGGUAAAACGGCGAGUGGAGAACUCAAACGAUUUCUGCAAGUCGUCGAUUUCCAUCCGGUCGAUCCGGUGCGGAUGCGAUGCACCCUGGACCAUCGGAAUCGCACGGAUCACAAGCGGCUCAAUAAAACUCGAAAGAUGUUGGAACCUAACCACCGGAUGAAACUGAUGAAGGCGAUCCAUCGGGUCCAGCAAAGCUUGAGACGAAAGGGAUGGCCAAGACUUCCCAUAUAUUUGUACGACGUCCACAGUCUGGACGGAAACAUUUAAAUUGUUUAACUAAUAUCAAACUAACCAAAAAAUAAUCAAAGGGUCUGUCUUGAAAAUAGAAUUACCCGAUAGGUAAAAAUAAACUGGGUGUUCGUGUGUACUUGAACGCUACUAGUUUCAA